GCCGGGUUGCGCAGGCGCGGGCUGGAGGGCGGGUUGUCUGUGUGAGGCGGCGGCGGCGGCUGAGGCGGCGGCAGAGGCGGCGGCAGAGGCGGCUGAGGAGGUAGCGGCUGAGGAGCAGCGGCGGCAGCUCGGAGCAGGCGGGCCCGGAGUGUGAGGCGGCGGCGGCAGGAGAGCGAGCUCGAGAGCCGGCGGCACGAUGGUGGACUACCACGCGGCAAACCAGCCCUACCAGUAUGGCCCCAGCAGCGGCGGCGGCGGCAACGGCGGCGGCGGCGGUGUUGGUGACUACAUGGCCCAGGAGGACGACUGGGACCGCGACCUGCUGCUCGACCCGGCCUGGGAGAAGCAGCAGCGCAAGACCUUCACAGCAUGGUGCAACUCUCACUUGCGGAAAGCUGGCACCCAGAUCGAGAACAUUGACGAGGAUUUCAGAGAUGGGCUCAAACUCAUGCUCCUCUUAGAGGUUAUUUCAGGGGAACGGCUACCUAAACCAGAGCGUGGGAAAAUGAGAGUGCACAAAAUUAACAAUGUGAACAAAGCCCUGGACUUUAUUGCAAGCAAAGGUGUCAAGCUGGUCUCCAUAGGGGCUGAAGAGAUUGUGGAUGGCAAUGCAAAGAUGACAUUGGGAAUGAUUUGGACCAUUAUUCUUCGAUUUGCCAUCCAGGACAUCUCAGUGGAAGAGACCUCUGCCAAGGAGGGUCUCCUUCUCUGGUGUCAGAGAAAGACUGCACCAUACAAGAAUGUCAACGUGCAGAACUUCCACAUCAGCUGGAAGGAUGGUCUUGCUUUCAAUGCCCUGAUCCACAGGCAUCGGCCAGAGCUGAUAGAGUAUGACAAGCUGCGGAAGGAUGACCCUGUCACAAACCUGAACAAUGCCUUUGAAGUCGCUGAGAAGUAUCUAGAUAUCCCCAAGAUGUUGGAUGCCGAGGAUAUUGUGGGCACUCUGAGGCCCGAUGAGAAGGCCAUCAUGACAUACGUGUCCUGCUUCUACCACGCUUUCUCGGGGGCUCAAAAGGCUGAGACUGCUGCUAACAGGAUCUGCAAGGUGCUGGCUGUCAAUCAAGAGAAUGAGCACCUGAUGGAGGAUUAUGAAAAGCUGGCUAGUGAUCUGCUGGUAUGGAUCCGACGUACCAUUCCUUGGCUAGAAGACCGUGUGCCUCAAAAGACCAUCCAAGAGAUGCAGCAGAAGCUUGAGGACUUCCGUGAUUACCGGCGGGUGCACAAGCCACCCAAAGUUCAGGAGAAGUGCCAGCUGGAGAUCAACUUCAAUACUCUGCAGACCAAACUCCGGCUGAGUAACCGCCCUGCCUUCAUGCCCUCUGAGGGCAAGAUGGUUUCAGAUAUCAACAAUGGUUGGCAGCAUCUGGAGCAAGCAGAGAAGGGCUUUGAAGAGUGGCUGCUCAAUGUGAUUCGGCGACUGGAGCGACUGGAUCACCUGGCAGAGAAGUUUGGGCAGAAAGCCUCUAUCCAUGAAGCAUGGACUGAUGGUAAGGAGGCCAUGCUGAAACAGAAAGACUAUGAGACAGCCACCCUGUCUGACAUCAAAGCACUCAUCAGGAAACAUGAGGCCUUCGAGAGUGACCUGGCAGCUCAUCAGGACCGCGUGGAACAAAUUGCUGCCAUUGCCCAGGAGCUGAACGAACUGGAUUAUUAUGAUUCCCCAAGUGUCAAUACUCGGUGCCAGAAGAUUUGUGACCAAUGGGAUGCCCUUGGCUCGUUGACACACAGUCGAAGAGAAGCUCUUGAGAAAACAGAGAAACAGCUGGAAACAAUUGACCAGCUGCACCUGGAAUAUGCCAAGCGAGCGGCACCAUUCAACAACUGGAUGGAGAGUGCGAUGGAGGACCUGCAGGACAUGUUCAUUGUCCACACCAUUGAGGAGAUUGAGGGCCUAAUUGCAGCCCAUGACCAGUUCAAGUCCACCCUGCCGGAUGCCGACAAGGAGCGGGAAGCUAUCCUGGCCAUCCAUGGGGAAGCACAGAGGAUUGCUGAAUGUAACCACAUCAAGCUGUUGGGGAGCAACCCCUACACCACCGUCACCCCCCAGAUCAUCAACUCCAAGUGGGAGAAGGUUCAGCAGCUCGUGCCAAAGCGGGACGAUGCCCUGCUGGAAGAGCAGAGCAAGCAGCAGUCCAAUGAGCGCCUCCGCCGACAGUUUGCCAGCCAGGCCAACAUUGUUGGGCCAUGGAUCCAGACCAAGAUGGAGGAAAUUGGGCGCAUUUCCAUUGAGAUGAAUGGCACCCUGGAGGACCAGCUGAACCACCUGAAGCAGUACGAGCAGAGCAUUGUGGACUAUAAGCCCAACCUGGACCUCCUGGAGCAGCAGCACCAGCUCAUCCAGGAGGCCCUCAUCUUUGACAACAAACACACCAACUACACCAUGGAGCAUAUUCGUGUGGGCUGGGAACAACUCCUCACCACCAUUGCCAGAACCAUCAACGAGGUAGAGAACCAGAUCCUGACCCGGGAUGCCAAAGGCAUCAGUCAGGAACAGAUGCAGGAGUUCCGGGCAUCAUUCAACCACUUUGACAAAGAUCACGGCGGGGCGCUGGGGCCUGAGGAGUUCAAAGCAUGCCUCAUCAGCCUGGGCUACGAUGUGGAAAAUGAUCGACAGGGUGAUGCUGAAUUCAACCGCAUCAUGAGUGUUGUGGACCCCAACAAUAGUGGCAUCGUGACAUUCCAGGCCUUCAUUGACUUCAUGUCUCGAGAGACCACGGAUACAGACACAGCUGACCAAGUCAUUGCUUCUUUCAAGGUCCUGGCUGGAGAUAAGAACUUCAUCACGGCUGAGGAGCUUCGGCGGGAGCUUCCCCCAGACCAGGCCGAGUACUGCAUUGCCCGCAUGGCUCCAUACCAGGGCCCAGAUGCUGCUCCUGGAGCCUUGGACUACAAAUCCUUCUCCACAGCCCUGUAUGGCGAGAGUGACCUGUGAGCCACCUGCUCCCUCUCACCCCUGCCACCCCUCACUGAGGAGACACAGCGACCAAACCACCUUCCCCAACCUCCACCUCUGGGGAGGGUGGGGUAGCCCCAAGCCCUCUUCUCCCUCCAGGGGGUGGCUUGCUAUAGUCCAGUUUUCUCUGACCUGACCAGGUAUCUAUGCAAAGUGCACUCUCUCUCUUUCUCUCUCUUUCCUUCUUUUUUGUGGGAGGGGGGGAAGGGGCAGGAUCUCUCCUCUCUUAGUUGAUUGGCCAGGAGUUCCCCAGCCUGGGGCAGGGGUAAUGGUGAAGGGGGAGUUUAGAGUAAAUCAUUCUGGUCUGUUAUAAAUAUAUAUAAUAUAUAUAUUUUUUAAAAGUAAGCUGAGGUGAUACCCUCGUGAAAUGGAGAUUGGCCUCCCUCCCAAGCUGCACAGCAUCACGAUAACAUGUCUCCUCAGGCCUCACGAUAACCCCUGGCACAUGUCCCCCCCAGCACACGUGCGCGCUCGCGCGCUCUCAUUCUCUCUCUCUCUCUCUCUCUCUCUCUCAUAUACUCACACACACUCACUAUUUUCCUUGUCAUCCCAGCAGAUAAACUCUUCCCCUCCUCCACAAAGUCCUAUUACAACUUGUUCCCUUCAGGGCCAAAGACCACGUGCCUUGUCUAGGAACCCUCUUGGGUCCAGUUCUCUGAUGGGACAAAGGGAGGCAACGCAGAAUCCUCUGGCUAUGGGUUCACUGGUGACUGCCCCACAGGCUGGGCACCUCCUCAGCUACUUCCAGAGGACUCGCCCAUAGCCUCCUCUUCCUCCAAUUUUGUUUCUUUCCAUCAUCAUCUUUCUCCUCCCCCUGCUUCUUUUCUCCAUAAAGAUGCUUAAAGAGGGAUAUAUCGCAAGCCGACCAGGGCAGCUUAGAUCAUGAUCAUUUAUUGAUGUUGGGGAGCAACAGCCGGCGAGGGCUGAACUUGAGAGGAGCUAGGGUGGUGGAGGAAGAGUCGCAGAGGAUGGGGAAUCUGCCAAGUGUCAAGAAAAUGGGCGUGAGCAUCAUGAGCAGUGAGGCUCAGGCCCAGCUUUCCAGACUAUCCCUCGCUAGGCAUCCCACUCUCACUUUGACUGGACUCUUCCUCAGCAAGUUUUCUAAGGACCAAAAAAUUUAAAAAUUUAAAAAAAAAUUAAAAAAAAUUAAAUCCCCACAAAAAACUUUUAAAAUAAUUAAAAAACUUUCAGAGAGUUACUAUUUACUUUAUUAACUUACGGAUUUAUUAUAUAAAUAUAUAUUCACCUAGCAACAUAUAUUUGCCGUCUUUCUUGGUCUUGUAAUUAAGAUAUCAGCUGAUUAUCAUAACUGCCCUCUGCCCUACCCCCCUUCCCCUUCCCUCACCCUUUUAUUUUUUUCCCUCUUCCUCUUCGUUGUCUUUUGUCAGGGACUAGUCUUUCGGGAUUCCCCCUGAUGGGAGGGUCUGGGGGCCUGGCUUAGGGGAGAAAAAGGCUGGGCUGGCUGCUUCUCUGUUUGUGGUUUUGUUCUUUCCUUUUUUGGCGUUCAUUCUCAUUAAUUUUUUUUCUGGAAAAACCAACAGGACAAUAAAAUGUGUAAUAUUUUUAAGAA